CCUUUGUGACAGAAGGAGGGCCCCUAAAUCAUAUGACAGGAUAAAAAAGAUUGCACAGUGUAGCACUCCUAUUUCCACAGACCUGGGAGAAGCACGUCAAGGCAGAACUCAGAACCAGUCAGAGAGGAACUGAAAUGAACCUUCUGCCUUUUUUCUCUACAGAAACAUGGGCCCUUAUACUUCUUUUCGUGGCCCUCCUGAUAGCGUACGGCACCUGGCCAUUUAGUUUGUUCAAGAAGCUGGGAAUUCCUGGGCCAAAACCUCUGCCUUUCUUCGGGACGGUCCUGGAAUAUCGCAGAGGUUUCCUGGAAUUUGACACUGAAUGUUUCAAGAAAUACGGGAAAGUCUGGGGGAUUUACGAUGGCAGACAACCCGUGCUGGGUGUCACAGACCCCCAGAUCAUCAAAUCUGUGCUGGUUAAAGACUGCCACACCACCUUCACCAACCGCAGGCGCGUGGAUCUGGUCGGGGUCCUGAAAGAUGCCAUCUCACUGGCUGAGGAUGAGCAGUGGAAAAGGCUCCGGACUGUGCUCUCUCCAACCUUCACCAGUGGCAAGCUGAAGGAGAUGUUCCCUAUAAUGAAGCACUAUGGGGAAGUUUUGGUGAAGAAUGUUCAAAAGCGAGUGAAAGAGGACAGCUCAAUAGCUGUGAAGGACAUCUUUGGGUGUUACAGCAUGGACGUGGUCACCAGCACUUCCUUUGGUGUGAACAUUGACUCCAUGAACAACCCCAAGGACCCCUUUGUCAGGGAGAUGAAGAAACUGGUCAAGUUUGACUUUUCUAACCCAGUCUUCCUCUUGUCAGUUGUUUUCCCAUUCCUUAUUCCUAUCAUGGUCAAGAUGAACGUAAACUUCUUCCCCAAUGAUGCUGUAGAUUUUUUCAUGAGAUCCAUCGACAAAAUUAAGAAGGAACGUGAAAAGGAGGCUCACAAGGGCAGGGUGGAUUUCCUGCAGCUGAUGAUCGAAUCCCAGCGCUCAGACAGCCAGGGCAACAGCGAAGCAAACCACUCCUAUAAAGCCCUGACCGACAUGGAGGUCCUGGCCCAGGCAUUCAUCUUCAUCUUUGCUGGGUAUGAGCCCACUGGCAACAGCCUGAGUUUCCUGGCCUACGAGCUGGCCCUGCACCCUGACGUGCAGGAGAAGCUGCUGCAGGAGAUCGACACCGUCCUGCCCAACAAGGCUCCUCUCACGUACGAGGCCAUCACGAAGCUGGAGUACCUGGACAUGACAGUGAGUGAGACCCUGAGGUUCUACCCCCUCGGGGGGCGCAUCGAGAGGACCUGCAAGAGGGACGUGGAGAUCCACGGGGUGACCAUCCCCAAGGGAACCGUGGUCACCAUCCCGCCCUACGUCCUGCACCGCGACCCCGACUACUGGCCCAACCCCGACGAGUUCAGGCCAGAGAGGUUCAGUAAGGAGAACAAGGAGUCCCUAGACCAGUACACAUACCUGCCCUUCGGGGCUGGUCCCAGGAACUGCAUCGGGAUGAGGUUUGCUCUCCUGAGUCUCAAAGUGGCCAUCGCCUCCCUGCUGCAGCAUUUCACCUUCCAGACCUGCAAAGAGACUCAGAUCCCCAUCAAGCUGACUUCAGUUGGGCUCUUAACACCAGAAAAGCCAAUUAUCCUGAAGUUGGUGCCCCGGACCAGCACAGAGCCUGCCAAGAAGUGAGACCCAGCCACAGCCCCCAGCAUCCAGGGACUGCUAACAAAGGGACCACACAUCACAGGAAACCUCUCCCACGUGUACAGACACACAAGAGCAGCUCCAGUUAAUUCUGGAAGCAAUUACUACAUAUUUACUAAUAAACAGAGCUGUCAGAAAAGUGA